AGGUCAUUUAUCGACCUUCCUUUACACACGUGUGUUGCAGAAAUAAAACUGUUGAUACUCCCAAAAUGAAUUCACUUUGUCGAUACGUGAGCCACACGGCACGUACUCUUAGACACAUUAACAGGCACAACAGGUGUAUAGUUGCGAUUCAUCGGGUUCAAAGGUUGUACAGUAAUGAAGCAGUGGAACGCUUGCCACCACCCCAGGCUGAUGGUGAAGCCAAACAAUACCCUGAAAAAAUUGUCAAUUUAGUAAAUGAUAUAUCUCGACUCACCGUAAUAGAAAUUGCUGAACUCAAUGAGUUAUUAAAGAUUACACUUAAAAUACAAGAUGUACCUAUGACAGCAAUGGCAACAACCGCGGUGGGGCCUGCAGCAGGCGCUGAGGCUGAAGAAGAAGAAGAUGCUGAACCCAAAACAGAGAAAACUCAUUUUACCAUUAAAUUAACAAAAUUUGAUGCUGCCAGUAAAGUGAAACUCAUAAAAGAAAUAAAAUCACUUACAACAGGCAUGAAUCUUGUGCAGGCAAAGAAAUUUGUUGAGUCUGCUCCUCAGGUCGUCAAAGCAGAUAUUAGUAAAGAAGAAGCAGAGGAAACUAAGAAGAAAUUGGAAGCUGCGGGUGGAGAAGUGUUGAUAGAAUAGUUUAUUUAUAUUCAUGUAUUGUUUAUAUUUCUAGUUUUAGAUGGUGAAUUUGUCAAAUAUAUUGCGUGGAAGUUUGUGUACAUUAUUAGUUGACAGUCGUGACAUUACAAAGAAGAAAACAAUGCCCUUUCUAUAUUCAAUUAUAGCCUGUUAAAUGGGGAUGUCUGUGUGUCUGACACAUUAUUAAAAAUUGCACCAUUAAUGAUAUGUCACAUUUGCAUUCUUUCCCACUGCUGUUAGAUGUGGGGAAAAAGAUUAAACUUCACAAAUGUUUUUUCUAUUUUUAAUUCAAAAUGAAGUUGUAAUGCUUUGGAAAUAUCACAAAAUCUGUUUCCAUGGAAACAAUUGUAUUUAAGUAUGUCUACGGUCAAAUUCACACUUCUCAUAUGCCCCCCUUUUUGCAGUAAGAUUCUCCAGAAUACUAUUAUAUUCUUUUUAUUGGGAUAUGAAUGAUGUCAAGUAAGCAGAUUACUCUGUACCCUUGAUGUUGCUAUAUUAAGACAAUUCUGGUGGAACAAGACUUUUGACUCUUGCGUGUGAAGCACAUAACGAGUCUGCUCCACUGAUAUCUCAAUCAGAUUUAAAUGAAACUUGGGACAUGCACACUCUGCACAAUUUGGAAAUUUCCAUGACGCCUUGUACACAGGUGUUUUUUGGGUAAUCCACAGAUCUGAUUACAUGUACUUCAAAGACCAAACCAUGCACAUCACCUAACAAUUGUAUAAAUAGGGUUACGUGACCUCAUUAAUAUGCACAACUAAUUUAGGGCACUGUUGCGAGAAAAGCAAUUAGUGGUAUAAUAUGACCUCAUUAAUAUGCCUAAAUAGCUCGAGCACUUAGUCAGGGAUAUACAUCAGACAUGGUCAUGUGACCAAGAAUUUGCACAACUAACAUUUUAAAUGCCUGUUUCGUCCGACACACGACCAAAAUAUCAAGCAAGUAAUUUAUUCUACCAUAGCCUUUUGGAAAACUGAUCAUUUGUUCAAAUGACAAAGGCAUGUCUAUGCAAUUUGUGCAUUAGAGAUGUGCUACCAAUAUAGUUGUACUUCAUGCCUCAGCACAGAGGAACACUUUCUAAGCAGGGCCAAUAAAGUUUCACAUGAAGAUGCACACAUUCAAUUCUUUAAUACUUUAUUGUAAGAAAUGAUAAGUCAGGAAAUCAUUCCUUCAUAUAAAAUAGCAACAAAAACAAAUUACAAAACUGAUCAUGAUUUAAUAAGUCUUUGAUGCACUUAGAGAAAAUUACGAUCAAUGUGAGAUUUUGUUAUGAACAGCAACAAGGUGCAAGAUGUGCACUGUAAAACAAAAUGCCUUUUUGAAUACCCUGUUGUAUUAUUGUAAAAUGGAACUAUUGAUGUUGUAGAUUCCCAGUCUUUAAAAAAACAUCCAGUACUGCAAACCAAUCCCAGAAAUUUGUCUCCCAAAAUGAAACACAGAAUUUUCCAGCUGUCAUACAAGUGAAUAUUUACUUGUAGAUUCAAGACGGUUGCUGCCACAUCGUAAAUUAGCUGCAUUUAUUUUUGUUCGCAAACUGAAACUUGUAAUAUUGGCAUGCAUCUUUCAUACUCUAGUGCAGAGUAAUCAAGUACACAGUUAAGACGCCGAACUUUUUUACCGGUACAUAAGGAUGUAUUUACAAGAAAUCUACAUAGUGAUUUUGUGGAGGACGAGACAGUAUCACAGAAAUUUGUAUUUUGAUUAUAAAAAAUAAUGUCUUUUCU